AUCAGAAAGCUUUCAGUUUAUUAAUACUAGUAUGGACGAAAGACUCGUAACUAUCACUUGAGAAGCAGUCUGUCCCUUUAUUCAGUAAAAAGUUUUGUUUUCAGCGAGAAGAGAGAUUAGGCAUUUGUAAAAAUAUUUCACCAAUUUUCCAUGUGCUGAUCGCCUUUGUCAUUGUGCUUUCCGUGUAAUUAUGACUAUUGUUUGUAAAAUCCUAGUGCAAACAAUGGAGAACCCCAUUCACGCGUACGUGACUACGUAGCAAACAGAACAUUUUCUCGGGUUGUACAGAGUGAAUCUGAUAUUGUAUUGAGACAUUGUAGUUUACAUAUAUUUGUGUUCAAAAUGGGAACUAAAGUGAGAUUUCAUCUUAAACCCGAUGUUCAUAUCUUUGAUUCAAAUAUCGGUUUUGACUGGCAGAUAUGCCGUUCUAAUACAGUUCCAGAAAUGGUAACGUCAUCUUCAAUCCGGAUAUCCGAGUCCGUCAGUAUCAGUGUGGAUGAUAUCUAUAACAUUGCAGAGCGGGAAAGAUUGUGUUACUCGGCCCGUGGUAGGCGACAUGCUGUUGCAGCAGCACAAAGUCAAACCUAUAAGAUGGAUGAUGUUUAUAAGACACGACCUCAUACAAGUGCUAGUGGCUAUAUCUCAAAUUAUAGGCGAGACUUGGUGACACCAACAAAAAGUAUUCGCAGUGAACCUGUGCCUUCUAGGGUUUCUUCGAGAGCUGGAGGAGAUUUUGAUGACGAAAACGACACUGACGACUACCCGAUUAAUUAUAUCAAUACCCCGUCUGUCUGCUGUGAAGUUAUCGGCCCCCAGGCUUGCGAAGAAUGUAUUCGAGCUCAUCGAAGAAAGAUAGAAAAAGAAAAGUUUGACGCCCGGUUCUCAAACUUGCGAAUUUCGAGUCAAAACAUCACGACUUCUACACUGUUACAGCGUUAUUUUCCACAUCUUACACAUGAAGACAUAAUGGUUAAAUUGGCAAGAGGGGAAAUAGCUGUACCAAAUACACCUACUCGACCAGUGUGUCGAGAUCAAAAUGAUAAACGCUUACGUGAUAGAAACGCAGAAACCCAAAGACGUUCUCAGGAAUCUGUAAAAAUAAGUAGAGCCAAACAGUCCAGCUUACAGAAAAAAAUCAAGUCCACUUUGUUCUUUGUUAAUAUCGAAGAUUUAAACAUGAAAAUAAAUUCAGGAAAAGUGUCACGAUCUCUUGGAUUUAAUUGUCAACCAACAAAGAAAAAAACAAUUUCAACUGAGUUUGAGAGUGUUUUCCCGUCUUUUGUGAGCCCAAGAAAGGUGAGCUUUAUAUCGGAAGCAAGUGGAAGAAAAUUCCAUUACGAGCCUCCACUCCUUCCCAAGGAAAACCAGAUCCACGAGCCUGGCUUCUUCGCAGGAUCUGACUCUUCCUACAAACUACCAGAACGACUUCCUGACACUAUUGAGUUCGUUCAAAAUGGGAUAACAAUUAAACGCAGUCUGUCGAGGUUAUCGGAACCAGAAGAGACAUCGGGUCUGAACGAAUCUGUCUUACAAAGCGAACACAGUGAUACAGAUGACGAUAUAUCUUUUAAAAUGUUACAAGACAGCAAAACCUCAGAAACAGAAUGAUCCUCGUAAGGCUUUAUUAAUACACACACACACACUCCCACACACACACCCUCACACACACACACACACACCCUCACCCACCCACACCCACACACACACACACACACACACACACACACACACACACACACACACACACACACACACACACACACACACACACACACACACACACCCACACACACACACACACACACACACACACACACACACAC